UGUGUGAGUGUGUGAGUGAAUCAAAAUGCACAAACCUAGACCUUUGUGCAGCCGCCUCUUCCUUGCUCCCCCAUCCCUCCCUCUUUUCGUCAUCUAUCUCUCUGCUCAGUCCCCCACUGCUGUGGUUUGAGAGCAUUCUGAUGCAAACAGUGAGACCGGAGGCUGCUGGUGCGACGGGCUUCAGGUUGUCCUCCAACAACCAGGAACUCUCUUGGGAAUCAUCAUGGGAAACUGCACCUCCAGGCAGCAGAAGAAGCGGCAGAAAGGGAAUUCUGCAGCUGCCAAUGAUGACCAGGAACCUAAUGAGGACGUGAUGUACGCCUCCAUCAGCCACAGCAACUCCAAAGGACCAAGACCUCAAGCUAUGGCUGACAAUGACUGCGACUAUGCUACAGUUCAUAUCCCUGCAAACAUUCAAGCAGAUGCAAAAUCUAACAGCUCGUCUAAGGACGAAUGUGCAGACGACUACGUGCUCAUGGAAUAAAAAAAGAAACCUAGAGCAGAAAUUAUUUUGGACCGACAGACACUAAUACAUCUUGAGAAAGGGGAAGCAUCGUUGCAGUUGAACUCUUACAAUGGCGGGUAAAUCAAGAUUAUAAUUUGAUUAUCUGAGGAACAGUGGAAACCCUAACUAAACAAAGCCAACAGCAGAUAGAUGUUGGAAUGUUUAACCUCAGGAUGUUACUCUUCCUCUCUGAGGUGACUGUAAACAAGAGCACAACCAAGAUGUUCCUACAAGAAGACAGCAGGUGACACGUUUGGUCUCUUUACAGCAGAAAGUAGCAUUUCAGUUGGACUCAAGGACUUCAUGAUAAUAGUGAUUGUGUGGAAGAAAAGUAAAACUGGACUUUUUGCUUGGAAGGAAAACUAAAGCAAACAUCCUAAAAAAACCGCAGCGUUUGUAAAUCACCAAAUCGAGCAGCUCGAUACAUUCUGCUGCAUAGGAAAUGUUUUUGUCUCAAAAUUGUUGAAUGUUUUCUCUGCAAAAGAUUUGUGUUUAAUUUCCUGCAUAAGCAGGUAAAACCACUGUAAAGCACACCACCACUGCUUACUAGUUGUUAACUGAGCUAAGCUUUAUGUUUUAAAGUUGUGGCACCCUACAAAUUAUUAUCUUCUUAUAUGUCGUAUAAAUUUGUUUGAGCAACUUCAGUUUGGAGAAACAGACACCAGAUCUGACCAGAUUCCUAUUUAACAGUUAGCUAUGACAAAAGUAGAUUGCUUUUUAAUAACAGCUCAAAUAAAAGAUAUGUAGCUGGAAACAUAACUUUUCCAUCACGUUUAUGUGGGCUUAGCAAGCUGUUAGCAUGCUAAGCUAACCUCACGCUGGCCACGCUUCCUCCUAGUUUAUGUAGUUGUUUAUUUACCCAGAACAUACCCAUGUGCUACUUCAACACGGCUGUUUAUUUAUUCAUUUAUUUAUAAUUAUUGUGUAAUUGUCAUCAUUUUCCAGCUGAUAUUUUGAAUGUCUAUGAUGGGACAGGAAAUCUUUUAACACAUUUGCUUCACCAGCUACUACUGCAGGUUCCCCCCCCCCCCCCCCCCCCCAAUUUUUCACCUUUUUCACAUUAACAAUGAAUAUGUGGGUCGUGUAGACUUUGUUUAAUUUUCUCAUCUUUUCCUGGUGGCCAUCAUCACUAGCUGUGGCACCUCUGCUGUUUCCUCCAUCAGCUCGGUUCAGCGAUGCGUUUAUAGGCUGCUUUUGUUUCUGAGUUAAAGUCUCUUACCGGAGUAUUUCUCUUAUCAGAUGGCACCAUCUAGUGGCUGAUAAGCAUAUCACAAAACGUCUGUCGAUGCGUUUUUUUAAGAUGGCGACUUCAUGUUUCUUGUUUGUGAAUGUGCUUCUGUAGCCGAAAGAGUUAAAACACAUUGUUUUACAAGUGUUAUUUUCAUGUCAUGUUGUGUUUUCCUAUAUUUAUAUUUUAAAGACAUACUUGUCCGUGAAAAGUUCAUCAACUCUGCACUGGCCGUAGUACUUCCUUAAAUUUGGAGUAAGUAAGCGGUAGUCUAACGCUAUUGGUUAGCUCUGGUCGAUGCUCAGUUUCCUAUUGCAUGGAGCUCUGUGGUGCAGGUGCAGGGGGCAUGCUUAGGGAAAAAAAAGAAGAAAAGACGUAUUGCUUACAUUAUAUCACAGUACAUAAUAAGACAGUCACGUUUACAGAUUUCUGAAAAAUCCUACAUCAUUUCUGAAAGGGGAAAACUCUGGGAAGCUACUUUAAAGAAUCAACCUGUUUAUUGAUCUGAGCACUGCUCCCAUCUAGUGACUGGAAGAUGGUUUAGAGUUUAUGCUAAUAAUAAUGGAGCCUCCUGCCUCUAACCCCCUGAUCCCCACCCCUAACUCCCAAGGGGGCAUGCCUCACUAACUGAGAAGCACUUGUGUAACUGCAUUACUCGUAUUCAUUUCAUACUAAAGUUGUUUCUAAGAGAGCAGAAUUCUACCUUGGUGUUCAAUUCACUCUGAGUAGCAGUUAGCUUGUCGAUCUGAUCUAAAUAAAAUGCUAUUUCUCCAAACUGAGGUUGUUCUAAAAGCAUAUUCAUGACCUUUCUUCAGAAGAUCUGAACUAUCCUUUUGAGGUUCACAAAACUAGAACUAAAGAUUAUCAUUUGCCCUUAAAGAGCAUCUGUGUUGCAAAAUAGCAGAGCUGCCUCAUCACCAUAGAAAAAAUAGAUUUAGUCAAAACACAACCUAUUUUUGUUGUGUGACGUGAGCACGUCUGCUGCUCUGUUACUUUCUGCUGCAGCUGAAACUCUGAUCGUUAUCUGGUGACGUGAGACAGAAACCAAAUGUUUGCUCCACUUUUAACACAAGUUUCAUAACUAAAACUUCAUGCUGAGUUGCUUCAACCAGCCUUCACUGACAAAUUACCUAAUAACUGUAAAAUACCAUCAAUGGUUUUUUCACCCAAAUGAUUGUGGUGAGAUAUUUAUAACAUGAUUUGUUUUGCAACUUUGAGCUUCUGAGAACCAAAAGUUAUUCUUUAAUAUGAUAAUAUACAUUUAAUAAACUAAAUAAUGUAUAGUUUUUAUUUUAUUGUUGUAUUUUGCUGUUUGUGAGCACUCGUUUGCUUGAGUAAAUGCAAGUAAUUUUAAUAUACUUGUGUUUUCUGUUUAUCUGUACAUUUUUCUAGUGAGUAAAAGAUUCCCGAUACCUUUUUUAUGAUUCAGCUGUGGUGACGAACCCUGAAAAUAUCUUUGGGCCUACAUUUUUAUGUUUGAUCAGGGAAGCAGCUCCGUGAGUCAGCUAAGAGUGUUAAACAUGUGCUUGAACAGAAAUGUUAAAUUAAAAGAAACAAUCUCUGUUUCAAGAACAGUUUUGGAUGAGGGUGAGCAAAGUUGUACUCACUAUGUCUUUUAUUUUAACUUUUAAAAGGUCAUCCAUGUAGUCUAGAUUGAUU